AUGGAAUUGAACUAUAAGAAAGUCGAGUCAUUUCUAAAGGCUCCAGUUCCACAGGAUAUUGAGGAUGAAAUACUGGGUGCUUAUGCGACGUACAAUCUGGAACGAGAUAUGAGAAGUGAGGAUCUUAGGAAUUACUUUGAGAGUUUACAAUUACCCAGAGAACUUUAUAAGAUGGUCGGAAAGAGUGAUUUGACUGUGGAGGGAACAGACGUGGUGGAUUUUGAACGGUUGCUGCGAUGUACCUAUCAUUUACUGGUGUUCAUGGAUAAUGAACAGAUUAUUGAUGAAAUGUGGGGGCUGUUGGUUCAAGCCAGUGGCAGAGAUCAGAGUUUCCCCAACGUUAAGUUGAGGGACCAUGUUUUGAGUAUAAAGGACUUGCAAAAGGUUUCGAAUUUUGUCGGCAUAGAUCGAGCCAGUGGGAUCGUAGAGAUGAUUAGUUGUGCUACGAGCGGUAAGAGGGUCUAUAUGACGUAUCUGGACUUUGCAUAUGUAAUGGGUAAAUUGGGAUAUUUAAGAUUUUAA